AUGAUACUUCAUUUAUACGAAAAGCAUGAUAAAUCAGAAAUAAUGGAAGACCCAAAAUAUAAAUCCGUAGCAACACGUUUUGACCUUUCUCGCCAAUAUCGUUAUAAAUUUGAUGUUGGGAAAUGUCUUCAGUUAAAUUGUGGCGUGACAAUUAAAAGUAAAUUUGGCAAAGCAUUACAAUUUAAGAACCAUUUGAUAACACAUCACCCAGAUGACAACAAAAAUUUUUUUGCCAAAGCAGUAGGAAUUGUUUCUGGACAAAAAAUACUAAAUAAUUACGAAAUAAAGGAUACCGAAAUUGCGGAGUGCUCAUUUUGUCAAACGUCGUUACCCUUGAAAGGUUUGGACUCGCACACUGCUAGAGUACUCGCGGUCUUAAGCAGACACUUGAUCCCACAUGUUGAAUAUGUUCCAAAAAUACUAAAAGUUGAAAUGCCAAUCUUAGACGAAGCAUCCAUACAAACUGAACUAGAAGAAGAAGAAAAAAUAGAUCUAAAUGUGAACGAAAAAAGGCAAAGGAUUGAUCAAGAUGUCAUGAUGGAAGAGACUUUAAGAACUAUAGAAUCGGUAGUUGCUUCAGAAGAUCUUAAUACAUUACUGUCUGGACAGAGCAUUCCGAAUGAGGAUGUACCAGAGAUACCAGGGACAUCAGAUUCUUGCGAAAUACGAAGCGCUACAACGCAAAGUUCUUCAAUUGUGGAAUACAGGCCUGGACAACGGUAUUCGAGCGGCGGUGAGAGUGUAUCAGAGGCAUCAGUGUCCGGCGAAAUGCAAAGCACUACUACGCAAAGUCUUUUGACUGAUGAACCACUAUCAAAACAAAUGAAAUUAGAUUCUGAUAACGAAGAGCAGGACAACGCGAAUAUAGAAAAUAGCAAUGGCGGUGACAACGGCGAUGAUGGAGAGGAGGAGGAAAUAACUCAGGAGGCAACAAAGGAAGAAGAAGAAAACAGAUAUUACGCGCCUCUUGAAAAUAAAGUACAAAUCGGCGGUGAUGCUAACCAUCUUACAUCGCAACAGGAGAGAGAAGAAAAUAUGCAGUUGGAAGAAGUAGAAUCCUCACAAAAUUCCAUCGACGAUGAACAACAGCAGCAGCGGCGGCAGCAGCAGCAAUGA